UCGCACACUUUCCGGCAGGGAACGCACAUAAACAAAUCGCUGUCAGACGGAAAAGUUGAGUAACCGAACGGCGGCGCGCGAGUGCAAACGUGAACUUCGCACACGGUUUUGAUUGUGAAAUUUGCGGUGAAAUCGGGAGUGAUAUGAUUCUGCGAAGGUUGGACAUUGGAGUCAGGCGUUCCCUCCGGGUGGUACUACAGCAGCAGCAGCAACCCAAGAGAAGCUACACCGAAGGGAACAUCCUGAAGCUACAGGAUCGUGGCUUCUUUCAGGAUGUUUUUCCAGCCGAAGCGAUUGACAAAGCACGCAGUAUGCUCGGAUCGUCCCCGCAAACCAUCUACGCCGGGUUCGAUCCCACAGCAGACAGUUUGCACGUGGGAAACCUACUGGUGAUCAUCGGGCUUCUGCAUGCCCAACGCGCCGGCCAUCAACCGAUCGCCCUGCUGGGAGGUGCCACCGGCCAAAUCGGGGACCCCAGUGGGCGCAAAACCGAACGGCAGGCCAUGCUGCUGGACAUGGUCAAUCACAACCUGAGCUGUAUCGGGUCGCAGAUUGACCAGAUCUUCCGCAACCAUGAGCGGUUUCUGUGGGAGAAGCGAGGCCAGAGCGGGGCUCUCAAGCCGGUGCUGGUGGUCAACAAUGCCGAUUGGUACCGGGAGUUGAACUUUGUGCAGUUUAUUUCGAGUAUUGGGCGGCACUUCCGGAUGGGGUCGAUGCUUUCGCGGGCGUCCGUUCAGAGCCGGCUGCAGAGCGAAGGCGGAAUGAGCUUCACCGAGUUUACGUAUCAGAUCUUCCAGGCGUACGAUUGGCUGCAUCUGUUGAAAGCGCACAGCUGUCGGUUCCAGCUUGGUGGAAGUGAUCAGAUGGGGAACAUUAUGUCUGGUCACGAGUUGAUUUCAAGGGUCGAUCGGAAGGACGUUUACGGAAUAACGCUGCCGUUGAUUACGAACGAAGAGGGGGACAAGUUUGGGAAAUCGGCGGGCAAUGCGGUUUGGUUGAGCAGCGAUAAGACUUCGCCGUAUGCGUUGUAUCAGUUUUUCGUACGAACACCAGACUCCGAGGUGGAGAAACUGCUGAAGUUGUUGACAUUUAUGCCACUGGACGAGAUUCGAAGUGUGCUGGCGAGACACCAGAGAACGCCGGAGCUUUGGGAAGCGCAGAAGCGGUUGGCUCAGGAGCUAACGUUGCUGGUGCACGGAGAGGAAGGGCUGAAAAAGGCAGAGGACAUAACGGCGGCAUUGUACAACGGGAAUGUUGAGGCUUUGGGAGAGCUGGAAGUGAAGGACAUUCGACAGACCUUUGGUGGAGCACCGGUGGUUGAUAUACUGCCGGAACCGGGAAUGACAGUCCUUCAAAUAGCGAUGAGAGCUAAAUGCUUCCCUACGGAGAAGGAUGCAAUUCGGAUUAUUGGCGCCGGGGGUUUCACCAUCAAUCUUAACAAGGCCAAGAAUCCAGCCGAGGUGCUGGCACCUGGAGUUCACAUUCUGAAGAAUGGCAUUUCGCUGCUACGAGUAGGUAAGCGUAAUUAUUAUAUCGUUAAAUGGUUAAUUUAAACGUGAAGUGGUUAUAGAAAAUGAAGAUUGUUGGAAGCA